AUGAUUGAACGGGAAGUAGCCGAGGAUCCAGCUCAAGCUAAGUCAAGCUCGGAGGAGCAUGCGAAGAAGCCUGCUUCGGUCGACGCACGACAGAUCAAAGAUUCCGGUGCAGAUGCAGCUCUAGAACUUCUAAAAGAGACUGGAGGCUUGCAUCAAGUCGUUGAUCCUGAAGUCCAUCGAAGACUUGUCCGCCGUAUCGACUGGCAUGUCAUGCCCCUAAUUUGUAUAAUCUACUUUCUCCAGUACAUUGAUAAGACUGCCAUCUCUUAUGCUAGCGUUACCGGUAUAACCGAAUCUAUUGGACUCCAUGGCAAUCAGUUCAAUUGGGUGGCCUCUAUCUUUUUCUUCGGUCAGCUUGCCUUUGAGUUUCCGACAAUUCGGUUAAUACAAAUGUUCCCUCUCGCCAAGUACACAUCAAUCAAUGUUACUCUUUGGGGCGCUACUCUAGCUUGUCUCGCAGCAUGUAAGAGCUACGCCGGGCUCUUGGUAUGCCGUUUCUUCCUGGGAGUCCUGGAGGCAGCUGUGGUGCCUGCGUGGGUACUAUUCACUUCCCAAUGGUACACGAAGGAGGAGCAGGCCUUUCGUGUGGGUAUAUGGUUCUCGAUGUGCGGAGUAGCGCAGAUGUUUGGAGGCUUUUUCGCGUAUGGCGUGGCUAUACACGUAGGCAAAGAUCCAAAUGCAGCCUUAAAGGGCUGGCAGGUCAUAUUCUUAUUCCUGGGCCUCUUCACCACAGUUAUGGGUAUCGCAUUUUGGUUCGUUAUGCCAGACUCCCCUGCCGUCGCUGGGUUUCUCGACAAAGAUCAAAAGGGGCUCCACCUCGAACGCAUCAGACAUAAUGAACAGGGAAUCGGGUCGCAAACUUUCAAAUGGAGCCAGGUUAAAGAGGCUUUGACUGACACGAUGACUUGGCUAUACGCAUUCUGGGUUUUUGCAGCAAAUAUUCCCAACUCUAUCGCAACAUCUUUCGGAAAUAUUUUAGUAAAGGGUAUGGGAUACUCUAAUGAGCAGUCAUUGCUAUUAGUAACUCCACUUGGUGCUUGGGAGAUAGUGGCUUUAAUUGGCCUUACGUACGGCGCGAUGAAAACGAGACAGCGGCUGUACUUCUGCGUUGCUGGCCACAUCCCGGCCAUAGUUGGUGCGAUUCUGAUGGCCACAACGGAGCGGGUACCAGCUCUAAUCGGCUACUAUACGAGCGGUGGUAUACCAAUCGGUUGGACUACGAUUCUCGGGCUUCAGAGCUCUAACGUGGCAGGUUCAACGAAGAAAAUCACAGUUGCUUGCAUAGGGACAAUCGCUUACACUGUUGGCAACAUUAUCUCCCCACAGACUUUUCCGGCUCGGGAUGGACCACGUUACCUCCCAGCUAAGAUCUCGAUCUGUAUCAUUUAUACCCUUAUUACCUUGGACCUUGUCGUUAUGCGGUGGGUAUUAAAAAGACGGAAUAAGCAGCGAGACCAAGAAAAGGCGGCGUUGGGGGAAAACCAUAGACCGGAAGAAAAUCAUGAGUUCUUAGACCUGACGGAUCUGCAGAAUAGGGAGUUCCGAUAUGAACUCUGA